GGCAGUGUGCAAAGCCCACUGGUUGGCGCGGGGCGGACCACGCCCUCCCCAGAGCGAAACAAAACGGCGCACGGCGCGGGCGUCCCCAUCCGCUGCUCCCGACCGCGCCUGUCCGCUCGCGCGCCCAUCCCGCCGCCAGAAUGCCGAACUGGGGAGGAGGCAAGAAGUGUGGGGUGUGCCAGAAGACGGUGUACUUCGCCGAGGAGGUGCAAUGUGAAGGCCACAGCUUUCAUAAAUCCUGCUUUCUGUGUAUGGUGUGCAAGAAGAAUCUGGACAGCACCACUGUGGCCGUGCAUGGAGAGGAGAUCUACUGCAAGUCCUGCUAUGGCAAGAAGUAUGGGCCCAAAGGCUAUGGCUAUGGGCAGGGCGCAGGCACGCUGAGCACCGACAAGGGGGAGUCGCUGGGCAUCAAGCAAGAGGAGGCUCCCGGCCACAGGCCCACCACCAACCCCAAUGCAUCCAAGUUUGCCCAGAAGGUUGGUGGCUCUGAACGCUGUCCCCGCUGCAGCCAGGCAGUCUAUGCUGCGGAGAAGGUGAUAGGCGCCGGGAAGUCCUGGCACAAGUCCUGCUUCCGCUGUGCCAAGUGCGGCAAAGGCCUUGAGUCCACCACCCUGGCAGACAAGGACGGCGAGAUUUACUGCAAAGGAUGCUAUGCUAAAAACUUCGGACCCAAGGGUUUUGGCUUCGGACAAGGAGCUGGGGCCUUGGUCCACUCUGAGUGAGGCUACCACUGACCACUACACCCUGCCUGCUCCUGUGCUUUUUGUCGCUGCCAUCCCCUCCCUAGCAGCCUCGCCAACCUCCAGGAUUCUCCACCAAACGCGCCCCACCCCACACCAGCCCUGUCACCCAUCACUCACAACAUGAACUUGGGCUUCUGGUUCCCUUUGUCUGGAAAUCUACCUGCCGUCCCACCCCACCCAGGGGCUACCCUGUCUGGCAUCUGUCACCUUCUCCAGUAGGGGACCUCUGCAUUUCAAGUCCCCCCCCAUCAUCACUUGGCCAAAACACCUGAGGCCACACAUUGGUACCCAGAGGAGCAGCAGCAUGGGGCCCGGACAGGAGGGGCUGUCCUGUGGGCAAAGAGGGGAGGGAUGGGCUUCUUCUUGUUCCAUAGAAUCAGCCUCAGGAGUCGCUGUACACACAGCCAGGGCUUGGGUCUCCGACAGGUGUCACCUACUUCUUAAGGCCUUUGCUGGGGAAAGGGAGCUGGCAUUGUUGCCCUCAGCAGGCCUCCAGUUCCCUGGUCAGUAAACAUCCCAGUGGACUACAUUCAACACACAUUCCUGUUUAUCCAGAUGGGAGGGUAGCUUUGGCCUGGCCCUGGGUCCUGAGACCGCUAUAGGCAGCUUCCCAGCCCAGCAGGGCACUGGCCAGCACUACACUUGCCUGAUCCUAGGAUGUGGGGAGACAGACACAGCCUCCUGCCCGGGCCUUGGAACCUUUGACCCAGGACCCUGCCCCCCCUUUCACCACACCCUCCUCUGGUCACACCACCCUGAGGCCCCCAGGUCAGGAGCAGUGGGAGGGAGGGGGCGGGGUCAUACCACUCCCAGGCUCUGAAAGGACCACUGCUGGGGUUGCAGGCGGGGGCUGAUUUAUCUGAUUAAUAAAACUAUUAGAACAGAG